GAUGGACGGAUUAUGUGAACCAUAACAAGUCGUCUGUAUUCAUAAUGACUGAAUGAGCGUAUCGCUCGAUAAUAUUAAUCAAAUACAAGUAUGGAUUCCACGGUUGGGUAUGACCCGACACUACCGUUGGAUAUGGAUGGCAGUUGUAAUCCAGAUUUACUGCCUGAAGUCACAUUUACCACAUGUAAAAAUCAUCUAGAAAUUAACGAUGGAAAAGUUCCAUUAAUUGAGAAACAGAACAGUGGGCGAAUGUCACCCGUAAGAGCCAUCACUAUGAAAGAAUAUGAUCAGAUUAUUUCCGAGUUGCGGAAAGAAAACUUCAACUUGAAAUUAAGAAUAUACUUCCUGGAAGAAAGAAUGCAACAAAAAUAUGGUGAUGGCGAUGAUAUCUUUAAAACGAAUAUUGAGUUACGUGUAGAAGUUGAAACAUUACGGAAAGAAUUAACAGAUAAACAAGAAUUAUUGAAAAAGGCUGGUUUAGCAAUGGAGAAUUUAACAGCCAAUCAUCAGAUGGAAUUAAUGCAGGUUAAAGGUCAAAUAGAGGCUGAAUUAAAACAACAAAAUACAGAUCUGGCUGACAAAUACAACAAAUCACUUCUAGAUAGCAGUGUUUAUCAGAAGGAUUUACAGGAAGCAGAAGAGAAGAUUAUCUCCCUUGAAUCAAUGUUAGAUAAAGUAAAAGUAGAACUCGAUGAAAUAAAAACCGAGAAAAUUCAAGAUGGUGAACGUUUGAAUGAGGCUUUAAAAACAAUACAGGAUAAAGAUAGUGCUAUUGUAAAUUUAGAAGAUCUAUUAAAGAAAAAUGAAGAAGACGGAGUGAGAGAAAAGGAGAAAUAUGAUCUGAAGGAGAGACAGAUGAAAGAAGAAUUACAAAAAAUGAAGAAACAUGUGGACCGAAAGGAACGAGAUAUUCAGAAUAUAUCGAGUAUUAUGGAUACAAAGACGACUUCCUUUAACAGCGAAUCUUUUCUUGCUCCUACGCAUCUUCAGGAUGCAAUGGAAGAUCAGAAAGAGAAUGUGAAAAGGUUGCAAGGAAAAUUACGAGAAAGUGAAAAGAAAUUAAAUGAGAAAAUAGAUGUUAUAUCGAGGUUACAAGAUCAGCUUUAUGACUUAGAAAAUGAAAAUAAGGCCUUACACGACAAGAUUAACCAAUCAGAGGAAGAGAAGAAACUACACGAAGAUAAUACCUUCAAACGAGAUAAGACAAUCCAAGGUUUCGUAUCAGCAAUGAAAAAGAAAGAGAAAGAGAUUACAGCGUUAAGAGAGAAAUUAAGCCAAUCAGAAGAUCAGAUAGAGAAAUUAACAGAGGAUCUACAUAAGACAAAUUUAGCCAAUAACAAGAUAACGGACUCCAUGAAGGAAGAAAACGUGGUAAAGGGUGAAAAAAUAGAAUUUCUAGAAAAUCAGAUGAAAAAUACGUCUGAUGAAAUGGAGAAAUUAUUAAAGAGCCUGGGAAAGAAAGAUGGUGAAUUAGUUGGUUUUAAAGAAAUGUUAGGAAAGGCUGAGGAAGCUUUAAAGAAAAGUGAAGAGGCAUUAGAGGGUUUACAAGAACAAUUAAAUCAGGAGAAACAAGAUGGACAGAAACGUACAGAUAAACUAUCACAACAUUAUCAGGUAUUAUUAGAAGAUGUUGAAGGACAAGUGAAUAGUAAAGAGAAGUUAUUACAUCAAUUAACACAGAGAUUACAAGAUAAAGAUAAACAAUUACACGAUUGUUUUAAUCUUCUAGAUAAAGAUCAUUUUCAGAUUGAAGAAGGUAAGAAUCCUGUUGAUUUACUGAAAAAACUUCAACAUAAAUUAAAAGAGAAGGAAACAUUGGUUGAGAAUUUAGAAGCAGAGAAACAAAAUAUAGUAGAUGAGAAAGAAAGUGAAAUACGUAAUCUCAAACAAUCGAUACGAGAAAAGGAUCGUGAUUUAAAUCAAGCCAAUCAGAUGUUAGUAAGAGCAGAAGAUAAUGUUGAGAAUCUAGAACGAGCAGUAGAAGAAAAAGAGGAAAAUAUGAAACAGUUAUCAAAAUGUCUUCAGGCUGCCCAAAAGUCAUUUGAGGAAGCCAUGGAUAACCACAUGCGUACAAUCGACCAGAAGACCGAUAUGAUAAAUAGAUUAAAAUCAUCAGUUGAGGCCAAGGAAGCAGCUCUUGAGGAAUCUAUAGAGAAGAGUCCAGCUUUAUCGACAGAUCAAGUGAAGAAACUAAAAAAACAGUUGAAAGAUAAAGAGGCUAUCAUACAGGAAUUAUUAAAUGAGAAACAUAAACUAUCUGAGGAGAACGAGAUGAUGUCGAGAGAUUUCUUCAAUAGAUCACAGAUUAAAGAUCAUGAUUUAAAGUCGUUACUAGAGAAACAUAUGAAAGAAAAGAGUAAACUGGAUAAAGAUAUUCAAGAUUUACAAUCAGAUUUAAAUAAACGAGAUCUAGAAAUACAGAGGUUAGAAAACAACAGAGUAUGGACAGAAGAUCAGAUCGAUAAAUUACGCGAUUCCAUGAAAGAAAAAGAUAAAACCAUAGAGGCCUUGUUUGAAAGCGGUAAAGAAAAAGAUAAAUUAUUACAACAGUCACAGGCGAGAUCACCUUCCCAAUCAUCAUCUACCGUUGACCUGGCACACGUUCAAGCUUUACAAGACGAGAUCGCCUUCCUCUUAAAUCAUCUGACAAAUAAGGACGCCCUGAUCAACCAACUCCGCGGUAAAACAGAUCAGUCACCAUGGCAACAACAAGAGAUUGAUCGUCUGUCAGAUGAACUCUUGAAAAAAAAUCAGGUUUUAAAAUCUACUAACAGUAAUAAAGAUGAGUUGGCUAAACAACUGGAGGAAUUACGGAAACGUGUGACAGAAUUAGAAGCGCAAAGUCAAAAAGUCUCCCAGUAUGAACGUGAAAUAGUUCAUUUAAAAGAGGUAUUACAAGCCAAGGAAGAUAACUCUAAACAUCCUAGACCAGAUGAUAAUACACAGGAUUUGAUGCGUAAACAGUUAGCAGAGAUAAAAUCAUUGGGGGAUAUAUUACGUAAACAACGAGAUGUAUUUAUUACACUGGAUAAUCAACACUACAAUAAUACCAGUGAUGGAGAAUUACGUGUAGAACUAGAGAGAAUUGAGUCGUUACGUCGUUUAUUAGAGGAAGGUGUAGAGAAGAACAAUACUCUACGUAUUAUACUCGAACAACAAACACAGACGAAAGAACCAUAUAUAGACACAGAUGAGCAGAAAUUAAACAAGUCUGUCAACACCAGUCAAUUUGAUGAAAACCACCUCCACGAUAAUCCCAAGAUAUCAUCAGUGGAUGUCAAUACUUCUCCUAUUAAAGUCUCGCGUGCACAAAUAGCCACGCAGACGGACAUCACUGCCACAGCUGAGGCUGGCUUGAACAAAAGUGUGCGGAAAUCGGUGGAGUUUGACGAGUCUAUUAGUAAAUUUGUUGAAAGAGAUUCUGAUUUUUCGUUCAAUUUGUUGCCAAAAUCUCAUCUCGAUUCAGUUGAUAACGUGUCAAGUGUUGGUCACGAUAAUAAACUGAUUGAUUUUACGGACGCACCAUCGGAACUUCUUAAUCUCCAGAAUCACUGCUUUUCUCGUAUUUCUGGUUUCCGUGGUGAUACGCGAGCUGCAGGCUGUGACAAUUAUUAUUCCACUGACGGAUCGUUAGGAGUCGGCAAUGAGUCAUCGAAUUUGAAUCCUCAGGAAACUGUUUUAAGCAGUAACAAAAUACAUAAACCACUUCACUCUCCUCCCGAGCUGCUGCGUCACCUCGUUCAAUCGUCUCAAUCAUCAGACGGUAAACUUCACUCCAAUUCGUUAAUAUCGUCACCAAGACUUUUACAAAAUACAGACAAUAGUCGCGAUAUUCACAGCUUGCCUUCUUAUGCGAAUCGUACAUCAAGUGAAGGACAUCGUUACAGUUCGUAUCAACCAUCAUCGCAUCUUCUACGUGAUAAUUCUCGCAACAGUGCGCAAACGGCCCAUGCCCAGUCGAUAACAAAUAUCGAAUCAACAAAAGAUAAAACAGAUCCUCAGAUCACGGGAAUAAACUCUCAUCUUCCGUUUAAGUCUUUCAGUGAUCACCAUGGCGAUAAUGUAGAGGCAGACGACGUGGAUGUUGAUAGAUUGUCGGUCGAUCAAAGUGUUUUAUUGAGUGAGGAUAUUUCCAACAUGUCCGCGCCGUCGCUACGUAAAUUAGUGUCUAAACUACAGAAUGAUCUGAUGGACUCCUUACAAGAAAACCACAAUUUGCAAGGUCAGGUUCACAACAGUUUUGGCAGUCGUCAAAUCCCCGGUAAAAAUGAGACCGAUCCAACGACGGCAGAUUUACGCGUCCUGCAACAGAAGCUCGACAAUUUGCAACUCACUCUAGCGAAAACCCAACAUGAGAAUGAAACCUUACACCAACACCUGCAGUCUCCAAAUAAAAACAGCGAUAACCAAAUCGCCGAGUUGAAACAAAAACUGAGAGAAGUGGAAAACAGGAAUAAUUUAUUGAAGAAGCAGAUUGAAUUGAAUUCGCAAACGAGUAGUUCACCUACUGGUUUUAACCCUGAACUUAUUCUAGAAAUGGCCACCGAAAUCGAAAAAUUAAAGAAAGCUGCUGCAGAGAAAAACAACCAGGCUUCAGAUUCAGAAUCCUCGGAAAAUGGUGGAAGUGGGUGUCUGGCAAAAGAUGGAACGGCGAGUCCUGAUAGAACAACCAAUGGUAGACGAUCUCUUAAUUUGGAUAAAGAUCCAGUGAAAUAUCCAGAUACGAAUAGUACGGAACUUCAAGGAAACGGUGAUCAACUUUGUUUAAAUUCUACAGGAAACUUAUCUGUUGCUGAUUCCCUAGCGUCUAAACCAGUAGUGAGUGCGACGAGCCAUAUUCCCAGGUUAAGACGGGCAGCUGAUUCAAACCCAAAGCCCAAGUCCACCCCGGUAGUUUCUUGUCUUACUGGAGAAAAUCGCCCAGCACUGUUAGAGAGUUUGUUACAAGCCGCACGUACCCAGAUUUCUCAAUUAGAAGAAAAGUUAGCGGCAACAGAAAACACAGUUCGCUUCCAGAGUUCCAAGAUGAAAUAUUAUCGUAAUCUAGCCAGCGAUGCUGGAUUGAUACCAAAAUUAUCGUCACGAUCGCAAAGUGAAACAAACCUGUUCGUAGCCUCAACCACAAAACCACGUAACAAUCUAAUGGCCCCCACUGGUUCAUAUGAAAACUUGUCAAAUUUCAAUGAAAACGGCACAAGUUCUAUUUCGUCUGAGGAAUCACAAAAAUACGGAAAGACGGAAAAUGUGACGGCACUGAAAACACAGAUCGAUGAACUUAUAAAUAAAUUACAACGUCAGACUUUAGAAAUCAAUCAACUCCGCACCAAAUCCUUUGAUCGCACUUGUCGUUCGAUUUCCCCGCCAAAUGUGUCCCCCAGAAUCAAAGAAUUAAAGAAUCAGUUACGUGAAAAUGUCUCGUCCCCAGUCUCGAGUAAAUCCUUCAUUCAAACUAUCCAAAGAUCGGCGUCAGAGGAAUCGCAGACUAUUCCAGAGCAGGAUUAUAUCCAGAAUCUGAAGAUCCGUUUCCCCGAUAACGAACAUGUUCGAAACAGCGUAGACAGAAAUUACAAACGAAGCCCCUCUCUCGAAAAAUCGUAUUUAGGCCUGGGUAGAAAUUAUUCGUCUAAAAGUCGGUCUCAAAGUGAUUUGAAUAAUAUCGACAAUCCACAGGCUUUCCAGAAAUUAUUAGAGCGUAACCAACAAUUAGAAUCGGAACUCGCAGAAGUCAAAAACGAUAGUUCUAUCCUAGCUGCCCGAUUGGUGGAAUUAGGACAAAUGAACCCUGCCGGUCCGAAGCAGGUUGAAAAUUUGACCCAAAAAGUGCGCGAUUUAGAAAAGGAGAAAGAGACUUUAGCAGAAAAUCUACGAAAAUCCUCGGAGAAGGUGGAAGAUUUGGAGAGUAAAGUGAAAUCGUAUCGGAACGAUAAACAAAUGUUGGAAGGCGAUGUGAGAAAGCUGGAACAAAAACUCAAGUGGAUGGAACGCGAGCAAACAUCAGUCGGCGCGGACAGAGAAUUGUGGGAAGUACAACAACAAUUAUACGAUAGCCAGAAUACGUGUCUUCAACUUCGUAACCAAUUGGAAGAAAUCAGUUGUUUUAUGUCUGAAUUAAUUAACCAUGAUCGUGGCCAAUCAGAAGAUAGUAGUAGUGUGGGUGUGGCUAAUAUCGACAGGUUAAAACAACAUAUACAGAGUAGUAGAGAAGUGAUCAACGCCAGUAUGUCCGACAUUUCAAGAAUAGAAGAAAAGAGUCGAUUGGAUGCCAGUGAUCAUGUGACAGGAAGUAAAUAUCAGAGUGCCGUUGAUGAAAUAAAUAAAUUACAAUCACAGUUAAACUUACAGGAAAACAGGAGCCGAGAGAAACUGGCAGAAAAAGAGGCUGAAUUGAAGAGGUUACGAGAAGAAUUGUCGUCCGCAUUUCAACAUGGAAUCCCGGAAGGUUGUGAUAGUGAGGCUCCGUCGCCACAACGCUCCGUGGGAUCAGCUGAUGGGCAGCCGGUCUCUCACGAUUCAGGUUCUAAAUCUAGAAAAUCUUUAACUUCUACAGACGGCAACAAGGUGAGAUCUACUGUCCAACAAAGCGACGAAGACGAAUUCUCUGUCGAACAGAUCCGACGUCGCAUAGCCAGUGGACGAACAGAUACACGAUCAGGAAGCUCGAUGACAGAUGUAACCGAAGUGAUGUCAGAACGAGAAAAUCUGUCACAAACUUCUCGGCUCAACUUACAGAGAAUGUUUCACAGUAUGCCGCCAAAUGCCCCCGAAAAUACUUCCAUCCCCGGGGAUGCUCCGAAUCACCGAAACGUUUCUUACAGAGACCCGAACUUAUCAGCUCUAUAUUUAUCGAAAAUGAACGAAAGUGAUUUCUUGUUGAGUGACAGUCAUUUCUGUAACCAGAGUAACGGAAGUAUGUUCGGUGGACGAUUGGGCGAUGGACUAGAUCGUGUCGAUAGUUCCGAAACAAGGAGUAAAUCUUCGGACACACUCAGUCAGGUGUCAAGCUACAAGGAAAGAAGUCGUACCCCAUCUGGAUCAUCGGAAGUACAGAUCAUGAAAGCUCGUUUAAUUGUUGCAGAGGACAAAAAUAAAACAUUACAAGAAGAACUCAAAGUGUACGAGAAUUUAGUGAAAAAUGCUGGCACGCAAAGUUCGCCGAAUACCCGAUCUGGUCGAGGACAAGGUGAUAAUUUACACGACCAUCUGAUGGAGAUACGAGCCUUGCGACUUCGUCUGGAGAAAUCUCUUGAUGAAAGUGAAAGAUUGAGACUUCAACUUGAAGAACGUCUUCGUGAAUCACAAACAGCCAAUAAUGAUCAAAUCAAUUAUGAGAAGAAAGUACAGGAACUGACAAAUCUUGUCUCCAAUCUACGAAAUCAGCUGGAAGGCAGAGAAAAACAUGUUGUUGAGAAACUCACCAUCAUUGAAGAGCAAGAGAAGAUAAUCCACAAUUCAAAAAUACUUCUUGAAAAACAGAACCAUCGCAUGAACGAAAGUGAUAAACGCUGCCAAGAAAUGGAGAAGCACAAACAGAAAAUGGAGGAGAAAUGUCAAAAGGUGGAAGAAAGCUGUCGGAAAUUGGAAGAGAGCCGUCAACACAUGGAGAUAAAUUUCCGAAAACAUCAAGAGCGUAAGGAACGACAAGAAUUACAACUCCGUAAGGCUGGAAAAGAGAUACGCAAGUUACAACAAGAAAUUUUAUUGUGGAAAGAAAAAGCUGAAGAAAAAACGGAACUAAAUAAAACGUUAAAAUUAGAAUUAUCAAUGUACGAAAGGUUACAAGCUAAUAAAGAAAAUUCCAGCCAGUCAAAUCUAGAUAUAACUGAUCUAUUAACGGAGAUACAGCACUUACGAGUUCAGUUGGAGAAAUGUAUUGAUACUAAUAAUAGAUUACGGCAGACUGUCGAAGAUCUGCUACAUCAACAGAUGAAACAGUCGACCAGUCCUAGACUUGAUGCUGGAACAACCAGUCCUAGACUUGAUGCUAGUUUAACCAGUCAUUCAUCAUCAGUUGCUUCGGAAGCUGCUGAUGGUCGACCAAGUCCUCGAAACUCUCCGCGUAAAUCUGACAGCCGUGAAACCGUUGAGAAGGAGACGUAUAUUCAUCGUAAAAUACGGGAGGAGAAGUAUGAGUACGAUGUUAACGGUGUUAGAACAACGGGAGAUUAUAAUAGAUAUAGAAGUGAGGACAGAUAUACAUCUGAUAAAAUACGAUCUGAUACGCUUCCAGACACAAUUUAUAAAAUAGGAUCUGCCAAUCAAACUACACGGAAUUAUUCAGGGGAAGAUAAAUCUAGAUAUAGUACUUCAGUACCACAUCGCUGUCCGAACCCCAACAUCAGUAUACAUUCUCUACCGCCUGAUUUAGAUAAAUAUUUCGAUAAAGAGAGUUCCGUUAAAUACUGGGUGGACACGUCUGCUUAUAAAGAAGUUCCACGUGUAGAUAUUGACUCUGAUAUUCGUAGAUUAUUUGCGAUCGGUAAAUUGGAUGAUUUUGAGAAGGUCCGUAAAGAAAAUGAAGAAGUGUUAUCGGUCCUUCACGGAUUACAGGCUCGAGUCGAUGAUAGAAUACAUUGUAUGAAAAAGUCUUCAGAACAGAGUGUUGAAUACAGUACAUUAAAGGAGAUAUCUCUAGCUAUAGAGAAUUUAAAGAUAUGUAUGAAUGCUGAGAAGAAUGUCAUAGAAAGAUUCUGGGUAUCCCAGCUUCCACCAGUUAAUGAGCUUGGGGAAUUUUACGAUGCCAAGCUCGCAGAGGACAAUCGAUCAUUACGUAAAGAAUUAACCCGGUUAAAAUCGGAACAUGAUAUAAUGCGUCACUCGGCUCGUGCUGCUGAACAACGUUUACAUCUAACUAUACAACAACAACAAGGAAUGGAGAGCGCUAUCUGUCAACAACUGGAUCGAACAAACAAGAUAUUGAAACAAGCUUCAGCUAAUGCUAGUUUUCGGGUAACGAAGCGAGACCAGUCACAGAAUCAGAAAGGAGCUCUAAACUUGGCCGAUUUAACCAAACGAUAAUCAUAAAUAUUCCCACCUGAAAACUGAGGGUUUUUUUUCUGGUUCCUGUCAGAAUGUCAAGAAACAAUUGUACGAGAUGGUUUGAACUUUAUGUCAAGACAUUUAUUAUAAUUGUGAUUAAAAACGUUGAAUGAAUACAAAUCUGUGUGCCAGACAAUGACACACAAGUAUCAUGGAUUGUGUCUUACGAUGUCUGUGACAGGUGCCUUCUGUAUCCUGACUUGCAAACAUUGUGUAGUGUUGUGCUGAAAUUAAUCAUGUUGCCACACCUGUAUGCACCAUGCCGUCAAAUAAAUCCAUAAGUUGGCCAUAUUGGCCAAUUUCACAAAAUUUAAUUAUUCAUAUUGGCAUUUUAAAAUAACACGCACGACCAUAAUUAUUGUGCAGUGUUAAAUUGUGUUUCAUUUUGGGUUGUACAAAAUACGCACAACCAUAUUUAUCAGGUUAUGUUAAAUUGUGUUUCAUUUCGGGUCGUACAAAACACGCACGACCAUGGUUACCAGGCUAUAUGUUAAAUCGUGUUUCAUUUUGGGGGCGUACAAAACAUGCACGACCAUGGUUACCAGGCUAUGUUAAAUUGUGUUUCAUUUUGAGUGGUACAAAACACGCACGACCAUGGUUACCAGGCUAUGUUAAAUUGUGUUUCAUUUUGGGUGGUACAAAACACGCACGACCAUGGUUACCAGGCUAUGUUAAAUUGUGUUUCAUUUUGGGUGGUACAAAACACGCACGACCAUGGUUACCAGGCUAUGUUAAAUUGUGUUUCAUUUUGAGUGGUACAAAACACGCAUGACCAUAGUUAUCAGGCAGUGUUUAAUCAUGUUUCAUUUCGGGAGCGAACAUAAUUAUUAUUACAAACAUUAAAACCAGGAGGUUACUUAUUAUUAUUAUUGUUUUGUGCUAAGUAAAAUGUGUGUGUGCUGUUCAAAUGAAUUCAAGAAACGGUUUUAAAACUUUCUUUAAGGAGAUGAUAUAGUUUUAAAAAUCAAGUUUAAAAAUGAGUGCUGUUAUAUAUUUCGCAUGUGUUCUUCCCAUUGUACAUAGUUCAUAUAUUGUUGAGAUUUUUCUUAUUUUUGCUUCACUUUUCGUGAUGUAAUAUAAUGAACGAGAACGUUGUGUUUAUAUAAAUUGGUUUAAUAUUAUCUGAAGUGGACCAAAACUGAUCUUUCACAUGUAAAUUUUGUAAUUUAUGAAUAUUUUACUAUGUAAAAAUGUGUGAAUGAGUUUAAAGUGAAGAUAGAGCGUUGAAUAUGUCUGUAUUGUGGUGAGAGUUCAUUGAGGGUUUUACUGUUGUUAUGUUGAUCCAUGUUUUAGUUGAGUGGGCCGCGUUAGUUGAGCAAUAAGGGAUAGAAUUUCAAACGUUGGAAUCUCAGGGUGGACUGAGAUGAAUCUCUGGAUUUUUUUAAGCUGGACGGAAAACAAUGUCCACCUUAUUAACUGCUAUUACAGUGAGACUUAUACAGUCGGGCUUUGCUAUAACACUGGUUGUGUCCACUUACAACAACUGUUGUUAUAUUGAAUACAGUUGGGCAUUACCAUAACACUGGUUGUGUCCACUUGCAACAAUUGUUGUUAUAUUGAAUACGGUUGGGCGUUACUAUAAUGCUGUUAUUAUAUUGAGACUGUGCUCUAGUGGAGUACUUUUAUUGAAAUAAAAUAUAAAAUUAAACUAAUCUUUUAAU